AUGUUAUCACCACACAAUCAAGUCUAUGAUUCAUUAGAUGUCGAAGAAGAUGUCAAACAUCGGUUUACCAAAGUGGGUUAUUCCAAAAGAUAUACUCCACUGUACAAAAAUCCUUUACCCAAAUUUUUCCUUUGGGAAAAUAGUAUUCGUAUUGUACGUAUCAGAAAUCAGUUAACUGAGAGAGGAUUUCCGUGUAACUCAUGUUGGGCGCAUACUGUUAUAGCAGCAGCAGAAAUUAUGCUUAGCACUGAGCUAAAUCAAAAUAUUCAGUUAUCUGACGAUGAAUUGAUUAACUGUGAUCAGACGAAUAGCGGAUGUCAAAGUGGUAGCACUAAACGAGCAUUUAUUCGAGGAUAUCUGAAAGGAUACAAACUGCUUCAGUUGUAUGACCCAAAUGGACCUUGUCCAGUAAAGUCUGAUGUUCGACUAAAGCAGUUAUUUGUAUUCCCAAAAGGUGACCACAAUUUGAUGGCACAUUUUUUGGCAUUUCGUGGACCUAUUGCAGUUAAUGUUGUUUGGCCAUAUUCUAUGUACACAUACAGUGGAUUCAGAAUCAUUCGUGCCUACGAAUGUGAGCAAAGCAAACACCAACAACCUGCACAUGCUGUUCUAAUUGUAGGCUACGGUGAAGAGAAUGGUAUCAAAUAUUGGAUCUUAAGAAAUAGUUAUGGCCUAAGUUGGGGAUACCGUGGACAUUUUCGAUUGGAACGAGGAGCAGAUGCAUGUCAGGUGGAAUCACAUGCAUCUGCAGCAACAUUUGGAAGUCAAAUGUCGACAGCUACACUAUUUGACCUUCAGCAGCAGCAGCAGCAACAGUGGCAACAGCAGUAUUAUAGAUAA